CCAGGUGCCCAAGAGUCACGGGCCAUAGAACUUGUCCGAAAAGAAACAGCUAUUCCCGUCCCGCCAUGUUAUCGCUUCAUCGACUCAGUUUCUCCUCACUAUCUAGCUAUGCCUCUUAUUGAGGGUCAAACUGUCGCGUCUGUAUGGGACAAACUCGGACUUUGGAUGCGCUUUCGCAUCAUUGUAUCGCUAUGGCAUUAUGUGUACUAGCUCCAUGGCAUCACACGACGAAAUCCUCAUUUGUGCAAAUUUCCUGGUCCCUUUGGAAGAGUGGGACCGGAAAGAUGUACAGGUAGUCUCUUCAACGAUUCUGGUGUGGGUCCAUUCCGGUCAUAUGCCCACAUGGCGGCAUGGUAUCGCAACAGGCUACUUGUUAUGCAAAGGUUUCAUCUCAACUUCGAGGUGUUCAAGACAAUAGAUCCAUUUUUUGAUGAUACCCGGCCCCUGGUGUUUACUCACCAAGACUUGCAUAUGCGAAAAUUGAUACUCGGAAAGGAUGGACAGCUUUGGGUGAUAGACUGGGAUGAUGCUGGAUUUUAUCCUGAAUGGUUUGAGGGUGUGAAUAUGAGGGAAGUGUACCAUUUACAUGGGGAUAGCGGGUCAUGGAAUAAGUUGAACUCGGGGAUUUUUGGAGACUCUAAUUCUUGAGGCCAAUGGUCUUAUGUCGAUGUGAUUCAAUUUUCUCUUGUCUCGAUGAGUGCUGUUGUACCACCACAUUUCGGUCGACAUGAUCAUGGAGCUAUCAGAAUGCAAUGGUUAUGAUGCCAUCAUUGUCAUCAUCAAUUGUUUCUCUAAAGCAAUCAUUCUAAUCAUGUGUUCAACAGAGUUGAUGUUGGAAGGAUGGGUGAAGAUUCUAUAUGAUAAGGUAUAUGCCAAAUACAGAAUGCCUCAAGUGGUCAUCUCAGAUUGAGGACCACAGCUUGUCUCUAAGUUUCUUAACAACCUGUACUAUCUCCUGAA